AUGGGCUUGCUGAGACAGGGAACUUUCACGUUCUGGGCGAGUUUUAGAAGCUGGUUGCCCUUGAAUCCAGUUCGAAUAACGAAAAAGUGUGCACCGUUUCGACAACGCCACAGCCAGUGGCGCUUCUGGAGUGAGGCUGCAUCCUCCGUUUCAGAGACUGAGGUACGCCCGAACUCUAUACGAAAUAUAGGGAUAGUCGCGCAUGUUGAUGCAGGGAAAACGACCUUGACGGAGAAGAUCUUGUACUAUGCGGGAGUUUCGCGGCGGGUCGGAAACGUUGAUCACGGCGACACUGUCAUGGACUACCUGUGGGAAGAGCGCCAGCGGGGGAUUACGAUCCAAGCUGCAGCUACCAGUGUAACGUGGCCGCCGUUCCCGCAACCCAAGGAUCGCAAGUCCGCUGUACUCAUCAACAUCGUCGACACGCCUGGUCACGUGGACUUCACCUUCGAGGUGGAGCGCUCUCUAAGCGUCAUGGAUGGCGCUGUGGUGCUCGUCGACGCAAUCGCGGGGAUUCAGGCGCAAACUGCCACAGUUUGGAGACAGACGAAUCGAUACGGGCUGCCAAGGCUUAUUUUCUUGAACAAGUGCGAUCGAAAAGAGGCGGAUGUGUCUCGGUGUCUGCAGCAAAUUCGCACUUCCCUGGGCGGACGACCAGUAUUGUUGACAGCGCCGGUAGCAUGGAACGGACAUGUAGGGAUCGUGGAUUUGAGGGCCACCAACCAUAUGCUGCUUUUCACCGGAUCGCACGGCGAAGCAGUUGAGCGCAUUGCGAUGGAUGCGGAAGCAUCCGUCCAGCCGCUUCUGACAGUGAAUCGAAACACCCCGCUGACCUGGUCGAAGCUCGCAACAGAUCUACGAGAGGCACUUGUCGAGACUUUAGCAGAAUAUGAUGAUCGCUUGUGUACACAGUAUCUGGACGGUAAGCCCGUCCACGACGACGACUUGAGCCGUGCGCUUCGUAGUGCCACGCUGGAACGCCACGUUGUGCCGGUAUUUUGCGGGUCAGCGUUACGUGGUAUGGGCAUUCAACCCUUGUUGGAUGCGGUCGAGGAGCUGCUUCCCUCGCCGGAGGAGCGUCCGGCGAGACUGGGGGAGGCGCUCGAUGGGGGGUCGACUCGGAAGAUCGCCAUGAAUUCGAAAGACGCUUUAGUAGCGUACGCAUUCAAGGUUCAGCAGGAUCUGCACCGCGGACCACUUACAUUUGUCCGCGUGUUUUCCGCGGGAGCCACAGCGUGCCUGCAGACGGGGUCUGUCCUGAAAAUUCUCUCGACAGACAGAGUCAAAUGGCAUGAUGCCGUACAGGAACGCGUGACAGGCGUCUUCCGCGUGCACGCAGACCACUUCAUGCCUAUCCAGCACGUGCAAACAGGAGGUAUCUAUGCGUUGAGCGGUCUGAAAAGGGUCCGCACCGGUGACACAUUGGUCUCGUCAGAUGCCGAUCCCAUCAGUGUGGUGCGUCUCCCGCCAGUGCCGGUACCAGAGCCUAUGUUUAGCGUCGCGCUAGCGCGUGACACGGGAUACCAGCGCUCAGCGCAGGAGGCACUGAUUGCCGCGCUGCAGGUUCUGGUACUUGAUGACCCAAGUCUUCGCUUUCACGAAGAUGAACGCACGGGAGAGUUGCUUUUAAGCGGCAUGGGUGAGCUUCACCUUGAUAUUGCCUGCAAAAGGCUCGAGAGGGAGUUCGGAAUAAAGGACCUCCAUGCGAGUGCGCCGCGAGUGGCGCUCUUUGAAACGGUCGCUGAGCCUGGUGCUGGGUGCGUAUCCGCUGUGAACAGCGUCCAGUGCACGCUGAAGAGCCACGAUCAGAUGCCGCUUUCCACAAUGGACCGUACUGUGGGCGCGACUCGUUUACGAGCAUCGAUGCGUGUGACGUUGCACCCACUGCCUCGAAACGAGAGCAAUGAUGGAAUUCGACUUGAACGCGAGGUGUGUCUGUGCCCCAACCUCGUGUUCAGGGGCGCGUCGCCACAAGAGGGUCUCGCGCCUUCAAGUCGCGAAAUCCCAGCGUCAAUUCGGGACGCUAUCACGGACGGUGCGCGAGCGGCGCUCCAGCGCGGCCCUCGAGCAGGUCUCCCUGUCGUUGGGGUCAGGGCAGUCAUUCAUCAGAUUUCUGCGGAAAAUCCAGUGGAAACCGCGCUCCGAGCUUGUGCUGUGGAUGCUGUCCACGAUGCACUCGGUCGAUCAACAGUCGCACUCGUCGAGCCUGUCAUGAGAGUUGAGGUACGACUGGAUGCAGUUGGAGAGCUUGCAAGCGAGCCCGACGAGCCUACGCGUUCCGACACGAGCGUCGAUAAGCAGCAUUUGUAUGGCGUCGUGAUUCGGGACCUGACGUCCCCGCAACGCCGCGGGCAGGUGCUCGGCACAGAUGCAAGCGGCUCUGUGGUCGAGGCGCUCGUACCGCUCGAGGGUCUGAUCGGCUAUGCGAACGCGCUCCGCAGCUUGACUGGUGGACGUGCCUCCUUCGAAGCGUCUUUCUGCAAAUAUGAACGGGUUGAUGAGAUGUUCGCGCAUCGUUUACUCGAAAGGAACUGA